UUAUCAAUGUAGUAGAAAAUUUACUACCCUCUUUAGGAGUUAUAAAAAGUAGUAAAGGAAAGAGAAGCAAGAACGGUGAAAUGUAUUUCAAUGAAUUUCAAACACAAUUUUGGUUAAGACUGGGUAAAUUUCCUCCUGAAAUAUUUUCAAGUAACGAUUUCUCUGGCGGCCGAAGCAGGAAUCGUUAUUCACAUAAUCCAUCAUCACAAACAUUCAAUCGUCAACAACAUUCUCUACGAUCGUCUGGUGAAG